UUUGUUGACCUUCUAAAUACAAGCUUUUGCGACAUCAUCUCUCUCUUUCUUGCAUACCGCCUUCUGUGAUACCCUAGAUUUACCAUGGCCCCUCUGCACGAACAGUAUGAGCUGCGGGUAACCGCCGGCUCCACCUACGACCAAUCAAAGCACCAAGAUGUGCCCGUCAACACCGAGAAGCCGGUGCACAUCUCCUCCGACCUGAUCGAUGCGCAAAUCCAUAUGCGCGUCAAGGACUACCGCGGCCUCCCCAAAGGCUCGCCCUCCACCUCGCCUUACUUCUCCACACCCCAGCACCCCUACGACCGCUACUCGAUAUCAUUCUCCUUCGUCCCUAAACAGGAUAUCGCCGGCGACAAACUCGUGUUUGGAAACGACUUCGAGCACCCAAUCCGCGACCGCCUGCCGCCGCUCUUCGACAAAGCAUUCGGCAUCGUGAAGUGGUGGAUUGAUCCCGGUCUCGAGGGCGACGUGUACGGCGACGAACCAUACCUCUACGGCGCGCUGCUAUCAAGCAUAAACGUGCUGCGCAUCGGCGACAAGAAGGACAGCGCCGAAGCCGCAUCCGGCGCCGCCGACGGCGCGUAUGAGAACGUCGAUGCCGGCGAGGAGGGCGAGGCGGUAGUGUACACCGAGGGCGCGGACGGGACGGGCGAGGACGUCAGGAAAGAACACCACAUCCCCGCCGGCUCGUCGCAGCGGCAGAAGUACUUCCUUACCGAAGCGAACCGCAAGAACUUUACCUUCGAGGCUGGGCGAGAGUACAAGUGCGAUUUCUUCAACCCGUAUCUGGACUUCAACGAGUUUGCGCUCAAGAUUGGGUACGGGCUGCCCAACAUCAGCAUCAUUGGGCACUGGGACGGGCAACCACUCAGACCGCACUCGCUCAGAUAUACACUCAAGAACAAGGAGACUAACACUGAACUCUUCGUUGUUGUCAUCCAGCUCAUGCCCACGGAGCAGGCGAAGGCUGAGGGCACGAAGAGCGAGGAGGAGGAGUUGCAGGCUGCUCACGGUAAGGGCGACGAGAAGGCUGAGAACGACGACGAUCUCGACUGAGUGGGGAGGGGGGCGAAGAAGUACAUGGCUCCAGCCAUCUUUGGAUCAUGGGUUAGGGCAUCAGCGUGGCGUUUGGAAAGAAGGCGGGCGCUUGGGCAGUGGAUUUGCUUAGAUACCAGAUGUGCGCGGCAAAGCGUGCAAGCUAGACUAUCAGUUUGUUCUUACACUG